AUGGGGGUCUCUGGAACAACAUGCCUUGCAAAACGAGUGGUGAGCAUAUACAAUUUAAGAUUGACCGUGUUACAACUUGAAUUAAUCCUCAUCCUCACAGGGACCCUGUCGGCCGACACAUGGAUCGGCCUCAACGACCGAUCCAGCGAGGGCAGGUACAGGUGGGAUGCCGACAACAGCGGGGCUUCCUAUACCAAGUGGGCCGGAGGGCAGCCGGACAACGACCGGCCGUGGUACCAGCUGUGGUGGGGCGAUGGCGAGGACUGCGUGAUGAUGCUCAAGUCUUCAAGCUACUACUGGAACGACGCAGACUGCGAUAACAACUACCGAUUCGCCUGCGAGAGGCCCGCCUCGAUCACCAGAGGCUAAUGCAUCGCCACAGACCGACGCUCGCAGACGAUUGCCGAAAUCAGCAUGCACAUACAACGCAUCUGAAUGUGUUGCAAUGAAGACUGAUUUAUGGAAAUUACUAUAAAAUUACUACAUAUAA